AAUUCAAAUUUAAUCGAGUCGUUAAGUUUUAAAUAUUUUUUUUUUAAAGGAAAGUAACACUAGCUCACUUUAUUACUCUAUAUAGAUAAACCAAUCCCCAUAACCACUCACUUCCCUUUUAUUCCACACUAGUACUAUCACUAUCCACAUCUUCAGCUCCACCACUACUUUUCCGAUCACCGGAGCUACCACCGGAGUAAACACCACCAUGUCAGUCAAGGAGUGCACUCACCACAAAGACAAAAAACGAAAACGCGUCCGACGACUCUUCGCCGGAAUCCUAAUUUUCCUCUUCGUCGUCCUGUUAACCAUCUUACUAGUCUGGGCAAUUCUACAACCGAAAAAACCCAGAUUCAUUCUCCAAGACGCCACCAUCUUCAAUUUCAACGUCUCUGCUCCGAAUAUCUUCUCCACAUCGAUUCAAGUCACUAUAUUUGCCCGGAACCCUAACGAUAAAGUCGGGGUUUACUACGAUAAGAUGAAAACAUACGCAAACUAUCACAAUCAACAAAUUACAUAUUAUACCCAAAUUCCUUCAGUUUAUCAAGGUCAUAAAGACGUUAACAUAUGGUCGCCGUUCGUUUUCAGUAACAAUGUUCCGAUUUCACCUUAUAAUGGACCAGAUCUGAAGGAAGACCAGCAAAACGGCGGCGUUUGGCUCGAUUUCAAAAUUGACGGCCGUGUGAAAUGGAGAGUUGGAACGAUUACGACUGGGCAUUAUCACUUACAUGUUACGUGUACGGCGUAUGUUCCGUUCGGAAAUCAUCCCGGCGACGGCGGAAUUAUCGUCGGAAAUAACGCCGUCAAAUAUCAACUUGCUCGGAGCUGUGAUGUGAGUGUUUAGUGAUUUGGAGAAGAAGAUGAAGCAGAGGCGUUUAUUGCCAUUGGAAGUAUUUAUAUUUUUCUUUUUAAUUACUUUUUUUUUUGGACCUACUUUUAUUUUCUAAUUUUUUUUUUUAAUUUUCUGCUAUUUACAAUUUUAAUAUUUUUGGUCCUAUAAAGUUGAAUGAACUGUACAUUUUUCUGUUAAAGAAUAAUAUUGGUAACUUAUAUUAUAAAUAAAUUACAAAUAAUCGUUUUCUUAUUGCA